AUGACCGCCUUGGGCGACUACGUGGAUUGUGAGCAAAUCGGCGAAGGAACUUAUGGAGUCGUGUUUCGGGCAGUACAUCGAAAGACCGGCACUCCUGUCGCACUCAAAAGGAUCUCUUUGGAUAGAGAUUCUGAAGGUGUACCCAGCACGUGUAUUCGAGAGAUCUCACUUCUGAAGACCCUAGCGCAUUGCAAUAUCGUAAAGCUUUACGAUGUGAUUCAAUCAGGCAUGAAACUUUAUCUGAUCUUCGAAUUCAUCGAUCGAGAUUUAAAGAAGUUACUUGAAACGAUUCCAAAUCAUCGGCUUCCUCUAGAAUACGCAAAGUCUUUCCUUUUUCAACUCCUACAAGCGCUUGCUUACUGUCACACUCGUCGGAUCAUUCAUCGGGAUUUAAAACCACAGAAUAUUCUCGUCAAUGAUAAAGGUAUAUUGAAGUUGGCGGAUUUUGGAUUGGCGAGAGCGAUUUCAAUCCCCAGCCGAAUCUACACGCAUGAAGUCGUCACGUUGUGGUAUCGCGCUCCAGAGAUUCUCCUUGGUGCUCAAUAUUAUUCGACUGGUGUUGACAUCUGGAGCUUAGCCUGCAUUUUCGCAGAGAUGAUUCGCGGAAAAAAUCUUUUCGCUGGUGACUCGGAGAUCGAUCAACUCUUCAGCAUAUUUCGUAUGUUGGGCACACCGGACACCAAGGACUUUCAACCAGUGUUCCCUAAAUGGUACUACGAGGAAAAAGCCUUUAAGGCCGAGCUUCGACCUUUGAAUGAAGAUGGAUUUGAUCUAUUGAAGUUGAUGUUUGUUUAUUCGCCCGAGAAUCGUUACACGGCCAAGGAUUGUUUACAGCACAGGUUUAUCGGAAGCGUACGCUUAGAUUUGCCGCCAGUUGUCACUCUGAUGAACACAGCGACUUCACAAAGGAAGCACAGCAAGGCGAAUGCUGUUCCAGUUUUUGACAAUGUGGUGAUG